AUGCGAGAUAAAAUUCUACUUUUUUUACUGUUUUUCUAUUUUGUUGAUUCGGCUACGGAUCCAUUGGAAUCAAUUAUCAGAAAUGGAUGGCUUAUGAUAAGAGAUUAUGGCGAAAAGGUUAGUUUUUGAAACUCUAGAAAAUAUUUGAAACUAGAUAAAAUAAAUUUUGUGUCAGAUGAUUUCAAAGAUUGCGAUUCCACAAACUAUGGAUCUUCCCCAGGAUAUUGUCGCUUUCCAAACAGAUUCCAAAACUCUCAACACCUUAUCUCAAAUGAUCAAUACUUGCCCGCAAUCUGUUCCAGUUUCGGAUUUGAGUGGAAUUUGGCACAUUACUCAUGUUAGUAAGCGAUUUCAACAAACAGUAAUUUUUGAUAUUAAUGAAGCAAUUGAAAAAUUGGCAAGUGGAAAGAGUUUAAACUCAAGAAAAUCGUUAUUUACACUUUUCAAAGCGGAACCUACAAUGAGAUGCUUGCAAUUUAAUGGUAAAUUAUUUUCAAUAUUUCCUCCUAAAAACCAAAUACUUUUUUUACAGUUUUGAAUAAUUCUCCAUCUUCUCCUGUUGAAUUCUCCUAUCUCUCUUCAUCUCGUCGCUCAAUAAUUGGAAACCUCGACCGUCCCACUGCAACUCAAACAACUAUUAACCUUGCAAAUACAAUCGAAAUUCCAUUCACUAUUUUAUUCCACACCACAACUAAUACCAAUAACAAAGUUGUGAUUUUUGCACAAACUGAUACACUUCCAACAUCUUGUGAUAAUUUAUUAGUUUUACAAUCAAAUCCAAAUGGAUCAUGGGAAGGAUCAGAUGUGAUAUUAUCCAGUUAUUCGACAUCGACAAAUCCGAUUGUCAAAUUGAAUUAUUGUAAUGAGCAACAAAGAAGUGGACCGAUAAUUAGGCCGGCUUCACAAAAAAGAAGUUGGAAAUAA